AUGAUGCUCAGCCUGGAAGACAAAACACUGCUCUACGACUUCGCAGACGAAGAGACCGAACACCCGAGCCCGCGAAAAAAGAAAACAAAUCGCGCACCAUUUACAAAAGUCGGAAAUUCCGCCGAUCAAAGCAUAGAUACAGUCUGCCUAUGCUUUGCAAAGAUUGGAAAGACACACAAGACUGGUCCUUUCGUCCAGCCACAUAUCUACCGGGCCCUGGAGGUCAUAUUCGAGAUGCCCUGGGGAAGCGCGGUUGAUAUCUGGAACGUGGGGGCUCUGACCUGGGAUCUCUUCGAAAGAGUAUAUCUAUUCGAAGAUAUCUUCGAUGCUAAUGGCCGCCACGAUCCGUUCAAACACCUAGCAUUUAUGGUUGCGCUGAUUGGGCCACCGCCGCCGGAUUUACUCCGGCGCAGUGGAUUAACAAAUCAGUGUUUUGAUCCUAAUGGUUCUUGGAUUACGCAUGGAGAGGCGGCUGUGCCGCCGGUUUCCUUGGAAAGUCUGAAGACGCGAUUUUCUGGCACUGAGAAGGCAGCAUUCAUUCAUUUUCUUAGGUCGAUGCUUAAGUAG